AUGUAUUCCAGUGAUUCUUUAAUUCAUUUCUAUGUAAAAAUCUCUAUUUACAUGUUCUGAAACUGACAGAAACUUGUAAUAAUCCGUGAAUUCCGUAUCCAGAUUCAUUCCGUCGAAAAAAUACUUUUUUUCAAGAAAAAUCAUCUAAAAAUGCAACGAAGACCUCCACAACCGCCUAUUUUUGAGCCAGCUCAUCCCAGAAAGUUUUGACUGUCGUUUAGUGCAGCACUUUCCGCACUUUCACCCGUUUCUGUUAUCGUGACGUGUAUCGAUUUCAUAGUUUUACCCAACUUCGAAAAUGACGUCACGUUUUCAGAAGAUGAAUCCGCCGAGCCGAACAUCAAAGCUCAGGAGAAGACUCAGGCCGAGGGAGAGUCUUCCCGGAAGGCCAGAUUUACUGGUUUUCUCAAGGUACUCGCCUGGAUUCUCUCAGUUCACUUAUGAAUUCUGAAAUUUCAGGAUAAUCCGAUAAAGGGAUUCAACACUGAAGCACUGAAGCGUCCGCUGACCGGAAUGUUCCGGAAAACCGGAAAAGCGCCAAAGAAGAAGGAAGAAGAAGAAGUUGUGGAGCCGACGAUUGCCGCGCCGCCCACGAGCUUCCCGAACAUGCCACGCGUUGGUAAGAGUUUCGAAAGGUUUCCGAAUUUUAUGUAUUUUGUUGUAGUGGCAACCCUGGAGAGCGUCGAGCUGAACGCCGAAGAUUCGCCGCUCCGCGAUCGCAAUUCGGACUCGGGCAGCAAACUGACACUCAGCGAUGCGCCAAAGUUCGCGAUGAACUCAAUGCAUCCGAUGACGCGUCUUUUCAAAGUCGGCGACGUUGGUUAGUUUCAGUUUUAGCUCAGAAUUUCAAAUUAUCGUAUUUCAGACAUCUCGAUUUUGGCGCGGGCAUUCCCGAAGGAGAAAAUGAAGGACGAGGACACUCCAUGGACCGCUCAAAGCCUUUUCAACUCUUUAGAGGCUCGCGUCAAGAAGGAGAAGCUGGAGACGAAGGAUCAAGAACCACACACGCGCAACCGAGAGGGAGCACUCUUCUGA